CUUUUUGCUUCUCUCUUAACAUUUUCCAUUUCCUUCUUUACAUACAGAGAGAGAAAAAGGAGAGGAAAAUUCUUUCCUCCUUUCUAUACACAAACGAAUCAAUCCAACAAAUAAAGGGAUUUUCCUCUCUCUCUUUCUCCAAAACCUUAUACUCAUGGCGGAAAAAGGCCACCCACUUCCUAAGUUUGGUGAGUGGGAUGUUAAUGACCCAGCUUCUGCUGAGGGUUACACGGUCAUCUUUAACAAAGCUCGAAAUGAGAAGAGAAGUGGUGGCAAUACAAACUCUCCACCAAAGGGUGACCCUACAUAUAAGCAUGGAGCAACUCUUGGAAAGCCUCAAUCAAAAAAAUGGUUCUGCUGUAUACAGUCUGCUGCUGCAGAAUCGUGAUCUCUCUUUGCUUCUACCCGCGGCAUUGGAGAGUGUUUGAUCUGAAAUAUUAUGUCACAAAUGUUCCUCAAGUUCAUAGUUGUACUGGAAUUUGUUCUGUUAUGUUGUAGAAUUUAAAAAACUUUCGCCAUCGGAAGAUACUUUGCUACCGGUUUAUUUAUUUUUUGAUCUUGAUUUUAUUAUUGUUGCCUUGAGUCAGUUUCUUCCCAUCUU